AUGGAGGAGCAAGAAUUUCUGACCGCCGUGUUUCGUGUCCCAUUGCAACGUCUGGGCUUUCCAUCUCAGCCCAUACCAUCUCAAACCGGAGUAUUUGAUACAUGGACCAACCGGGAAAUCGAUGACGUGGAAGACGCUACCUGGACAGAUGACGAUGAUUGGAACGCGAUAUUCCUACGUGACAGCAUAGAGGAGCUUUUUGAUCAGCUUUAUGGAAAAGACAGCCCAGUGUACGCCAACUGGAAUGACCACGUCAAGCGUUCAAUGGGGAAGGCUCACACCCUGACUCUUCUGGACGCAGCUGCAAUCACUCCUCAGUCAUAUUGGUCUGAGGAUAUUAGAGCUACAGUGGAAGCAUUCACUGCACUUCUUGAAGCCUUCCACAAUGUCAAGGGAAUUGUCUGGACUGAUUACCCAUACGACGACGCUCUUGAUGGCCGCCUCGGUCGAUGCAACGACUACGCCUUCAUCCAGCGACUUAUAUUCAACGAGUGUCGUCUUUACGGAAAGUCGCUAGAUGAAUACGAAGCCAGCAUGCGUCAAAUACGGGAGAAAUUCGGUAUACCAGUGGAAUUCGAUCUCACCGAAGAACUGCAACGGGUUGAGAUGGCCUAUAACCAGCAACACUACAGAAUCGAAGAAGCUUCUUCGGAAGCGCUACAAAUGGAAUUGGUAGGCCCGAUGAUUUCCGUCACCGAUAUAUCCUCAGAGAUAGACAACCCGGAAGGUAUAGAUUGCGUAGUUUGCUGGUCUGACAUCUGCCCCUCCGCCGGAGUACUAACUGUUCCUUGCCAACAUGCCUAUCACAAGGAGUGUCUGGAACGCUGGAUCCACGCUGCGCAAGGAGCUAGCCAUCUUUGCCCCUACUGUCGCACAGAGUUGUUUCCCAAACCGGAGUAUCGGCCCAAGGAUGAGGAACGUUUUCGUAACUACGAGCAACAGCUUGACGACUUUGAGGACCAGAUGUACUGGCUCUCUUGGAUACAGAAGUCGGCGGAUUGGUUUGGGGGUGAGCUGGCGAUGCAGAGGCGGUAUGAGAGCUCAGAGAUGAAGAAGUUGGACUUACAGUGGCUUCGAAAGAUAGGCGCACUCAUUGCUUCGGGUAGUUUGGGGAAGAGAUAG